AUGCGAUCUGCCAGCUGGAAUCUCAGCUGCACUCCCAGUUACACAGCUAACUGUGCCUUACCAACUGGGAAUUUUGGAGCACUCCCAGGUGCUCAGUCAACUGUACAAUCAGUGGUGUGUUCAGGUGAUCAACUAGUUGGACUUUCAAGUGCAGUCCUCGGUAUACAGCCAAAUAGACAAUCAGUUGCAUUUCCAGAAAUAUGUCCAGGAAUAUCUUCAGGCGCCUUACUAACUGGGUUCUCAAGAGCACUUCCAGGUACUACGUCAGCAAUGUUCCCAGGAACAUAUCCAGGUUGUCAACCAGCUGGCCUCCCAGGUACUCAGUCAACUGUACAACUAGAUAUAUCUUCAGGAGCAUUUCCAGUGACUUCGUCAGUUAUGUUCCCAGCAACAUAUCCAGGUGAUCAACCAGCUGGCCUCCGAGGUACUCAGUCAACUGUACAACCAGGUAUAUCUUCAGGAGCAUUUCCAGUGACCUCGUCUGUUAUGUUCCCCGGAACGUAUCCAGGUGGUCCACGAGCUGGCCCCCCAGGUACUCAGUCAACUGUACAAACACGCGUAUCCUCAAGAGCAUUUCCAGUGACUUCGUCUGUUACGUUCCCCGGAACAUAUCUAGGUGGUCCACCAGCUGGUCUCCCAGGUACUCAGUCAACUGUACAACCAGAUGCAUCUUCAGGAGCAUUUCCUGUGACUUCGUCUGUUAUGUUCCCCGGAACAUAUCCAGGUGGUCAACCAGCUGGCCUCCCAGGUACUCAGUCAACUGUACAACCAGGUAAAUCUUCCGGAGCAUUUGCAGUGACUUGGUCAGUUAUGUUCCCCGCAACAUAUUCAGGUGGUCAACCAGCUGACCUCCCAGGUGCUCAGUCAACUGUACAACCAGGUGUAUCUUCAGGAGCAGUUCCAGUGAUUUCGUCUGUUAUGUUUUCCAGAGUAUAUCCAGGUGGUCAACCAGCUGGCCUCCCAGGUACUCAGUCAACUGUACAACCAGGUGUAUCUUCAGGAGUUUUUACAGUGACUUCGUCAGUUAUAUUCCCCGGAACAUAUCCUGGUGGUCAACCAGCUGGUCUCCCAGGUACUCAGUCAACUGUACAACCAGAUGCAUCUUCAGGAGCAUUUCCAGUGACUUCGUCUGUUAUGUUCCCCGGAACAUAUCCAGAUGGUCAACCAGCUGGCCUCCCAGGUACUCAGUCAACUGUACAACCAGGUGUAUCUUCCGGAGCAUUUGCAGUGACUUGGUUAGUUAUGUUCCCCGCAACAUAUUCAGGUGGUCAACCAGCUGACCUCCCAGGUGCUCAGUCAAAUGUACAACCAGGUGUAUCUUCAUGA